AUGUCGACCGACCGCAUCACGGAAUCGCACAUGCGCCUCUUCUUCGCUGUGCCCCUCUCGCCGGGGCUGGCGGCGCGCAUCGCGGGGUGGCGGGACGCGCUGCGCCUCCCGCGCGUCGCCGCCCCCGUCCCCGCCUCGAACAUGCACAUCACGCUCGCGUUCCUCGGCGACGUGCCGCAAGAGACUGUGCCGACGCUCCUGCGGCUCGGCGCGCGCGUCGCCGCGCGCUCGGCUCGCGGCGACCUCGUCCUCGACCGCGUGCACUGCUGGCGCAACGGCGUCCUCCACCUCGCGCCGAGCGCGACGGGCGAGCGCGAAAGACGCUUCCGCCAGCGCUCAAACUCCGGACCUCCCGUCAAAACCCCGCCCAGCCUCAAUCGCUUCAAGCGGCUCUCGGUGUCGUCGCGCCUGUCGGACGAGAUCGUGCCCCUCUCCAUGCCCUCCACGGCCGAGUCGUCGCACUGCACCUCCCCCGUGUCCCCGCUCUCGCCCAUCGGCGGCCCGCCCUCUCCUUCACCGACAGAAACGACCCUCACCUCCGUCUCGUCAACGCGCAGCGUCGACUACCCGCCCAACCCGCUGGCGGUACACGCCCUCGCCGCCGCGCUGGCCGCGGAACUUGAGGCGGCCGGCAUCGGGUUCGACAAGCGAGAGUUCAGUGCGCACCUCACCCUCGCUCGACGCGCCGAGCAGGUGCGAGCACGUGCACGCUUCCGCGUACCCAUUACCAGCUUGGUGCUGUACGUCUCGCGGACGGACGACCGCGGCGUGGCGUAUACGGCGCUCGGCGAGUGGUUGUUGAGAGGCGAUGGAUCCGCUCGCUCAUCCCCAGGCGAAGGCGCUGGAGACGGGGAGGAGGUUUCGCAGGAAGGAGCGGGAAGCAGACGGAGUAGCGGCUGCUCGGACGAGGUCAACGAAAUGGACAGGUUGAGGCGCGAACGGCAGUUAAUCGACGCCCACGCGGCCAUUGACGAGGUUAACACCGCGUUGACGAGAAUUCUGGGCAUCUCUGAAUCGGGUCCAGACCCAACACGAUCAUAA